AUGCUUGGAGUUAAUAAUGCAUGGUUUUCUGCUAAAACUUUGAAAUCAUUGAGUUCAACAAGGUUUCUAAAUAUAAGCCUUCCUGAAGAAUUCGAUGCUCGAGCAUGGUGGCCGUCAUGCGAAUCUAUUGGCUUUAUUCGGGACCAGAGCAGCUGCGGAUCUUGUUGGGCUUUCGGCGCAGUUGAAGCGAUGUCCGAUAGGAUUUGCAUUGCUUCAAGAGGGGAGUUGACCCCAACCUUGUCUGCGGACGAUAUACUUGCUUGUUGUGAAUCAUGUGGAUAUGGAUGUCGUGGAGGCUACCCUGACAAAGCUUGGGAGUACUGGGUAGAAAAUGGUGUCGUGACUGGAGGUGGAUAUAAGGACAACGAUGUCUAUGUAGGCUUGAUGUCUUACGCAAUCGACAAUAAUGAGGAUGCGAUACGUAAGGAACUCAUGACCUACGGACCAAUAGAAGUAGCUUUCAUGGUGUACACAGACUUCUUCCAUUAUAAGAAGGGCAUAUACAAGCAUACUGCCGGCUUUCUUGCUGGAGGACACGCUGUCAAGCUUAUUGGGUGGGGAAAAGAAGAGGAGACUCCAUAUUGGCUUAUUGUCAACUCAUGGGGAAAGGACUGGGGAGAAGAAGGAUUCUUCAAGAUUCUUCGCGGCUCAAAUGAAUGUGGAAUUGAGAAGUAUGCCAUAGCAGGAGUUCCCAAAGUGUGA